UGUUGCCGGGAGACGGCGGGAGGACGCGGCCCGCAGCCGAGCAGCGGGGAAUCAUGUCGCGAUCGGCAGUACCAAAGUCCCGAUCGGAGAAGAGCCGGGCCAUGGCAGUUCCUGCCACCACCCCUCAGGUUGCCCUGGUGGAGAUCAUACCCGGUCGCUUUACAGAGACUGACUGGCAAACCAUGGUGGCGGCAGAGGACGGCGAGAACAAUGUCAUGGACAUCAUCGAGGACAUCGUGAGCCAAGCCCUGGAUCAGUGCUACAGCAUUUACAUUGAGAAUCAGCUGCUGCCGUUCACCAUCGCUCAGGCCAAGGACGCCAUCCUGCAGAUCAUCGAGUGGCAGUUCCUGACCCACGACCCUGGCGAGAGCAACGUCUCCCUCGAUCACUCGUGGCAGGAAGACAGGGAGCCCAAGGCCAACGUCACGGACUCCUGGGCCCAGGGCUCGGUGCCGGUGCUGUGGCCCCCACACACACCAGCCCUGCAGGAACAGGAGCCUCGUGGACUCGGCCUUUGUCCUGAAACAGAAGACUGUUAUUCUGCACCUGCUGGACAUGGGUCAACGUGUGGGGACCAACAGCCGGGACUCCAAGGGCCACGCGACACAUCCCCACUGUGUAGUCAGCUGAUGGGCAUCUCCCAGGAUUUGGAACAAGUUGAAACAGAGCCCGAGAAAACCUCCACAGUAAACGUUCUUCGUGGCCUGGUACAUCUCCACCGUGUAUCCACUCAACCUUCUCUGCUUGAAGGAAAGAAACCUCAGCUUCUCCUCAAGGUUGCUGCGCAGGAACCUGAGCAGGCACCAGAGGCCAUCACAGUCAGGAAGAAGAGCCACAGCCUCAAGGCCAGGAGGUGCCUU